AUGAUUAGCUUCAGAACAAUCCUCCACCUGCUCAUCUUUCAAGCAGUAUUUCCAACUAUAGCUCAAUCUCGGAAAUGUUAUCUCACAAAUGGCAAAGAAGCAGACUCAAGCUUCCAGCCCUGCUUCCCAGACCAAGACAACAGCCCCUGCUGCUCAUUAGCGAAAAGCAACACAACCCCCAAUGACAUCUGCCUCUCUGGCGGAGUAUGCUAUAUCCAAGAUCCGAAUUUUCGGGGUCUCCUACGGCAGGGUGCUUGCACCGACAAGACCUGGAAGAGCGGGCAGUGUCCUGAACUCUGUGAUACGGUUUCAGACGCAACCCUCUACGUAAUCCCCUGUCCGCUCCAAGGCCGCGGCUUCUGGUGCUGUAGCGUAAACGGCACAAACUGCUGCGACGACGCUGUGCGACUAGACAUGGGCCAGAUGAUCAAUGUAUCCGUGACAUCACUCACAUCCGAGGUCUCCUCUUCAUCAGGCUCGUCUGAGUCCUCUCUGUCGUCUUCGGUGUCCUCUGCCAUGUCAUCACCAAAAGUAUCACCAUCGCCUUCGUCAAGCAAUGCCAACACCAAUGAGAAAGCCAAUCCAGACACCAAUACCGAGGAUACAACAUGUACUCCCAGCUUGGACACAAAUUCUACAUGUCCAGCUUCAAAAACGACAGUGAUUAGUGCUGGGCUCGGCGCUGGUUUAGGCGGCUGUCUUCUGAUCGCUCUUAUUACGAUGCUUGUGCAGCGGCGGAUCUAUAAGAAGAAUUUGCGGCAGAAGGAGGCGAUGAUUGAUGAGAUUGCUGCUGCGAGCUCGACGCAGCAUUUGGUUUACCCUGUUUAUCCGGAGAGGGAGAAGAUGAUGUUUCCGGCGGAGCUGGGACCGCGUGAUACGCGUAUUCAUGAGGUUGGGGGGAAUGGGCUUAAUGAGAAAUGA